AGAGCUCACAGCUGUUCUCCGACUUUUCUCUGAUUUUGUCACACAGAUGUGUUGGUCUCUUUAAUAUUUUUGUCUGAAUAAGACCUGUCAUAAUACUAAUAGCCAUCGAGAUACCAAACCAAAAAAAAACUUGUUAGAUUUGAUCAAGAAGAAUUUACAUGGUUAUAUUGCUGUGUGCUUGUACAAUAACGAGUGUAUAUUUCUUAUAUUGAAAAUGAGUCUCGUGGCAUACGAGAGCAGUGACGAGAGCUCGGAAAAUGAGGAAAAUGAGAAAUCCGAGGAAACGCUUGCUGCGAACAAUGCAAAUAAUGAUGCAAAUAAAACUGUAACUGUACGAACAAACGUGAAAUUAUCCUUACCCGCACCGAAAACAGUGUUACAAGAGACAAACGAUGAGGAAUUAGAAAACGUUGAGUCAGGAAGUUUUCAACAUUUUCUCGACUUGCUGCCAAAACCCAAAGUCUCCAAUUCUGUAGCACAAAUUGUUGAAGAAGACGACGACAUAGUGGUGAAAAAAGAAAUAAAAAGUCAAAUUGUUAAGCCAGCAAAGAAACAGACGGUAAAAAUAUCAGUGCCUUCUUUAUCAGAGUUUAAAGAUCUUGAGGAAGACAAGGAAAGUGAAAAAAAGCCAGCUAGUGUUACACAGCCAUCACAAAAAACUUGUGGACUUUUUGCUGUUUUGGUGCCACCAAAGGAAAAAACUACAAACAAUAAAUCUUUAAUACCUCAAGUUGUUAAGAAUACAUUGAGAUCAAAUGUUCAGCAACCAAAAGCAGCAAAAAAAUCUAGUACAAGUCUAAUGAAUGAUUCAAAAAUAAAAAAUCCAGUGAUCUCAGACAAAACUCAUAGUGAAUUAAGCUCUGACGAUGAAGACAAUGAAACUGUAGAUUUCUUUGGAUUAACUGCAAGCAAUCCUGUAUCAGAUACAUCAGACAGUUCGGUAUCAGAAUUAUCUUUACAUAAACUAAGCACGGAUGAAGCUUCACUUGCAAAUCAUACAGAUCACACAACACAAAAUUCUGAUAUUUUGAAAGAUAGUCAAGCAAAUAGUACAAGUAAAAUAUUGAUAAGCAACGUUAUAAACUUGCCUAAAGAAGAAAUAUUGUUAAAAAAUAAAGCAGAAGUUGGGCCAAAGUUACCCGUUCCAGAGCAAGAAUAUAACAUUGACAUGGAAGGUAAUGUGGCUUUUGAUGAAAAGGCAAUUGAGUAUCUUUGUGGGAAGAGAGGCAUAAAACGAAAAGAAAUGGACGAAGCAAAUAUAAUAGAAAUAAAUGGAGAAGAUAUAAAACCAGAUGAAAGGGAGUGGCUGGUAAAAGCUCUGACAGAAGAGCCCGUUCACAGACCAAUAUCUAUGCAGAGUUGUGGAAUUAACUCUCAGUCCAAAAAGAAGCAUCAAAUAACCUACUUGGCACAUCAAGCUAAAGCUAUGGAACUAGAAUUAAAAAAUCAGUGGUCUCAGAACAGAAUGACAAGGAAGCAAACACAGUCAAAAUAUGGUUUUUAAAAUAAUUUAUAUGUUUUAUAACAUGCAUAUUUUUUAUUUUUGACAUAAAAAUUAGUAAUACACAAAUCAAGGUAAUCCUGAGAACAGAAUUAUAUUAAAAAGUGUACAAAAAUAUACAUUCACAAUCUGA